GGUCCCUUAUAAACCAAAAAGCAGCGCACUUUCCUUGCAGAGCGAAGUUGCUUUCUCAAGGAAACAUCGCGAGCAUACUAUAUAUAAAAAAAGGAAUUCAACCGAAAUGAGGUCGGCACGCGCUCACUGCUUUUUAUUCGUCUUUUUAUUCGUCUUUUUGAGUGUAGUGCGGGUCGGAAAAUGCAUGCCCCCGACCUGUUACUCGCGCGCUCUCGACCUCAGUAAGGAGAUAAUGGACGUUUUGGAGAAGACGCACAGGUCUCCGCGCACGAAAGACUGCGCUGAGAUUUUCCCAAAAAUGUUUCUGGACAUUCACAAUUCCUGUGUGACAUCUAAGCUGCGAGACUUCAUUUAUGUGCUGGAGAAUCUGCCGAUAGAACACUGCAGGACGCGUCCUCGUAUCAUCUUUUUGAAACGCAAAGUCCGAACACUCUACGAGAUCAUAAGCCGCGCUUGCUACCGGGAUCUGGUGUUCCUGACAAACGACUGCGAGGCUCUGGACACAGGUAUCAGUCAACCACGAUACACAGAGGACACACUGCAACUACUGGAGGAGACAAUAUGAGACAACCGGACAAACAGACGCACACACACACACACACACACACACUUUUCAUAAACAAAAAAUGUUAAAUGAACAAAAAGCAUAUAUAUAUAUAUAUAUACUAAAGCAAGUUUUUGUGUGUGUGUGUGUGUGUGUGUGUGUGUGAGAGAGAGAGAGUACAUUCCUGCAGCCAAAGAAAAAUUUUCCACAGGAAACAGUUUGAAUAGCCACUGAGCAUGGCUUAUUUAUCAUAACGCCACACACACACACACACACACACACACACACACUUGCUUGCUAAAAAUUGUGUAAUGGUCCACAGAGACCACUCUGCUCUGAGUUCUUUUUUCCCAGUGUAGCUUAUAUAGUGCUCAGUGCUUAACUCUUCACUCUUCCCUCCUGUUUACUUGUUUAGCAGAGAGGUCAUGCACCAUUACAUCAGAUGGGUCAGUGUCAUCAUAUACAUCAUCUUAACUUUCAGUUGUACAGAAAUAGCCUUUCUCUCAUAGUCCUUCAGUGUAACUAGCUAUUUUAUAGUAUGAAUAAAGGUUACUACACAAACGAGCUAACUUUCCAGCUGUUGAUGGUAGGUUACUCCAAUAACAACCCUUAUGUAAUGCCAACCAGCUGUUACUCUUUUAGGGUUUUAUUUUUUUGUCAUGCGGAGCUCGAUGCCCUCCUUCAGUUUAUUAUGCAAGACGCUAAUUUUGAAUGUAAUUCACAGUUACAGUAACCACCAAACUGUUUAAUGCUGAUAUGACAAAUUGCUAAGCUUGUUGCCAAAAAUUGCAUUAACAAUGUUAAACAAAAUAAACAUGUCUGAUUCCUUUA